AUGGUUAAUUAUGUAGAUAUGGAGAGGUAUUUUACACCUAAACCAAAAGGUAAUGAAUUAAGAACACAUGUUUCUUCUGAAACAAGGGUUAUAACACAAAAAAUAAUUUGUGCUGAAUUUAAUCCAAAUGAUAUCAUUGCUGAUCCUGGACUUCGACAACUAAUUGAAGAGUUUGAUGUGGGGAUUAGAGAUCAAGUUCGAAGAGAAUAUCUUUUGAAAGGUUCAUGUCAGCCAUUUCGAUAUAACUUUCCUAAAAAACUACAGGGCAAAGAAAUGCGGUGCUUUCAAGAAGUGUGGUUUCUGAACUUUGAUUGGUUAGAAUACAGUGUAGCAAAAGACAAAGCCUAUUGCUUUUAUUGUUAUCUUUUCAAGCAAGAUAGAAGUGAAAAAGGUGGAAGUGAUAUUUUUACAAAAAGAGGAUAUAGUAAUUGGAGAAAAGCACUUGAAGCUUUUAAUCAACAUGUAGGUCCAGUGAACAGUGCACAUAAUGAUGCUAGACGACAUUGUGAGGAUUUCAAAAAUCAAAGACAAAGUGUGUCAUAUGUGUUAGUUUCUCAUGGGCGUCAAAUGGAGAUUGAUUAUCGCUCUCGACUGACAUCUGUCUUGGAUGUUGUUCGAAUUCUUUUGGUACAAGGUCUUGCUUUCUGUGGUCAUGAUGAGUCUUCUAGUUCCAAAAAUAGGGGGAACUUUCUAGAGAUAUUCAAUUGGUAUGCAAAAAAGUUAGUGAAUGCAUGCGCAACAGAAACAACAUUAGCAAUUAUUAAUGAAAUUGGCGAUAGGAACUUCUCACUAAUUGUUGAUGAGUCUCAAGAUAAGUCAGUAAAAGAGCAAAUGGCUGUAAUUCUAAGAUUUGUAAAUAAGCAGGGACAAGUUGUUGAAAGAUUUUUUGCUAUUCAACAUGAUGGGACUAUUGCAGAUCAAAAAGUAUUGGGGAUCACGAAUGAAUUAUCAAAUGCUUUACAACAAAAAGAUCAAGACAUUGUUAAUGCCAUGGCGUUAAUUGAUACUGUGAUAGAUCAUAUACAAGAUUUGAGAGAUAACAGAUGGGAUGAGUUAUUAGAAGAAGUUGGCAGCUUUUGUGCUAAAAUGUGUAUUCCAGUACCCAACAUGAAGGAUACAAUACCAGUUCGGGAGAUGAAUAGUCGGUUCAGUGAGAUCACUACAGAGGUGCUAACUUGCAUAUCAUGCCUUCAUCCAAGAGACUCAUUUUAUAGAUUCCAUCAUGGUAAGCUACUUCGCCUUGCUGAGAUUUAUUCUUAUGAUUUUUCCGUACAAGAUCUUCAUCUCUUGAAAGAGCAACUUCAUACCUACAUUCAAGAUGUUAGAAGAAGUUCUGAUUUUGUUGAAUGUCAUGAUCUUGCAAGUCUUGCUGUGAAGCUAGUUGAAACUAGAAAGCAUUUGGUUUUUCCAUUAGUUUAUCGCCUUAUAGAAUUGGGUUUAAUCUUACCCGUGGCAACGACAUCAGUUGGAAAAGCUUUCUCAGCAAUGAAUAUUAUCAAAACUGAGUUGCGCAAUAAGAUAGGAGAUGAAUGGUUGAAUGAUAUGAUGAUAUGCUACAUUGAACGACAGGUGUUCGAAACAAUUGAUGAUGAAGCUAUUUUGUUGAGAUUUCAAAAUAUGCAAAGUAGAAGGAUUCAACUCCCACCUCGUAGAGAUAGUCAUUAG